CCAGCGUGUUGUUGCAGCGUCAUCCUGUUUGAAUGAAGUUCAGACUGAGAACUAGCCAACUCUUCAUUCGCGCCCCAGUAGACUGACACGGGAAAAACAAUAUCAGAUACUCCAGGAAAACAAAGACUGCCAACCAUGCCGGUGUUUACAGUCAAUGUGAAAUGGGGCAAAGAGAAGUUUGAUGCAGUAGAACUCAAUACCGAGGAGCCACCCAUGGUGUUCAAGGCUCAACUCUUCGCCCUGACAGGAGUUCAGCCUGACAGACAGAAGGUCAUGGUGAAGGGAGGCACCCUGAAGGAUGAUGAGUGGGGAAACAUUAAACUGAAAAAUGGAAUGACUCUGCUGAUGAUGGGUUCUGCAGAAGCCCUGCCUGAGGAGCCGGCGGUUCGGCCCAUGUUUGUAGAGGACAUGACUGAGGAACAGCUGGCUUCAGCGAUGGAGCUUCCUUGUGGGCUGACAAACUUGGGUAACACCUGCUACAUGAACGCCACAGUGCAGUGUUUACGUUCGGUGCCAGAGCUCAAAACAGCUCUCAGGAGGUAUUCAGGUGCCCUGCGAUCUUCAGGAGCAAAUGCUCCAGCACAAUACAUCACAGCAGCCCUGCGUGAUUUAUAUGAGACUAUGGACAAAACCUCGUCCAGCCUUCCUCCCAUAAUCCUGCUGCAGUUUCUCCACAUGGCCUUUCCACAGUUUGCUGAGAAGGGAGACCAAGGACAGUACUUGCAACAGGAUGCCAAUGAGUGUUGGCUCCAAAUGAUGAGGGUACUUCAGCAGAAGUUGGAACCACUUGAGCCGGUGACUCCCAUGGAGACUGAGUCAGCAGGAGGAGCUGCCUCUGCAUCUGCAAAGAAGAACUUUAUUGACCAGUAUUUCGGUGUAGAAUUUGAAACUUCCAUGAAAUGCACAGAAUCUGAGGAAGAAGAGCCGAUCAAGGGCAAAGAAAGCCAGCUCCAGCUCAGCUGCUUUAUCAACCAAGAAGUCAAAUACCUUGCAACAGGACUACGACUGAGACUGCAGGAAGAAAUCACAAAAAUGUCUCCAACCUUGGACAGAAAUGCUUUGUAUAUCAAAUCUUCAAAACUUAGCCGUCUCCCUGCCUACUUAACUGUUCAAAUGGUCCGAUUUUUCUACAAGGAGAAGGAGUCUGUGAAUGCAAAAGUUCUAAAGGAUGUCAAGUUCCCCCUCAUGUUGGACGUAUACGAGCUCCUCACCCCGGAACUCCAGGAAAAAAUGUUGCCAAUUAGGUCAAAGUUUAAAGAAAUGGAGGACAAGAAGCUGGAGAAACAACAGCAGAAGGUGUUGAAGAAGCCAGAUGCAUCAAAGGAAGUAAAAUAUGAGCCUUUCUCUUUCCCAGAUGACCUUGGUUCCAACAACAGCGGCUACUACGACCUGCAGGCUGUACUGACUCAUCAAGGUCGCUCCAGCUCAUCAGGCCACUAUGUGGGAUGGGUCAAGAGGAAAGAAGAUGAGUGGAUCAAGUUUGACGACGACAAGGUGAGCGUGGUCUCACCGGAAGACAUCCUGCGGCUGUCUGGAGGCGGAGACUGGCAUAUAGCUUACGUUCUACUGUACGGGCCACGUCGGCUGGAAAUACUUGAAGAGGAGCAGUAGCUGGAGGGAGGUUUCUUACACCCACAUAUACAGAUUGCCAUUUCCGCGCACUGUCUGCAUAGAUGUGCAAUAAAACUGGUGUCUUUAAAGA